UAUUUUGUAUUGUUCAUUGCUUUCUUAAUCUUAUUGUCUAAGUUAUAAGCAAGUAUGGCAUACUGUCAGCAGUAUGAGAGCCCAAGAUACCCAAAUGACUCUGAUGGUGGUUAUGGCCAGCAGCAGUACCCUCUUCCAUACUAAAAUAUGGAGCAAAACUAUGGUGAUAAUCAGCCAAGUACAACUACAGUGAGCAACAGAGGCAUCACAGCCUUCCAUAGGGCCAGAUUGUGAAGGUCUGCUCUAAGGCCAAUCCUGACUAUGCUCUGCGUAUCAGACAUGGCAGGGCAACCCUUGUUUACUACAAUCCCAGUGACCCAACUCAGGUAUAUAUACAUUUCCUAUAAUAUGUUUGUUACAUUGGAAUUUGUGUCUAUAAGUGCAUAUGUAUUUAAAUUUUUUACUUUGACUCUGACUGUUUAAGUGGUAGUUGUUUUUCUUGGGUUAUUUUUGAUAUAUAUGCAUCGUGUAUAUGCAUGCAACAAUGGGUGAAAGAUGAGUCAUGGAGCAACCAUGUGAAGGGCACAGUGGGUCAGCCAGCCUUUGGCCUUGUGAACAAAGCCACUGGGCAGGCCCUUCGUCAUGCCCCUGCUGCAUGUCAGGAGGUGUUGCUGACCAAGUAUGAGGGUGGUUUCUAUGAUGAGAGUGUGCUGUGGAGUGAGAGUGAGGACAUGGGAUAUGGGUACAGUUCCAUAAGGAUGGGAAAUGACAUUGGCCUUACAUUGGAUGCAUUCCAGGGUGACAGGAAGCAUGGAGGCAUUGAAGAGGGCACCAGAGUUGUGACGUGAAAGUGGAACAGGCAGGACAACCAACUGUGGAAGAUAUCUCCCUGCUAUUAGAAUGAUCAUCAUGAUAUAUACAGUAUAGAGAAACAUUUGCUAUGAGUAUGUUCUGUAUAUUCGUAGUCUGUAACUUUUUAAGUGUGGAGAUCAGGAAUAUAUGCGGUUUGCAUGGGUUUAACUGAUCGUAUAAAUAAAGUUGCUCUAUAGUUUAUAGUA